AUGAUCUUGUUAGAGUCCCACAGCGUCAUCAUCAAUGAUGUACUCACCGACAGGUUCGAGAAAGCGUCUCGAGCCGAUAUCCAAUUUGUUGAUUACGACAAUGUCCGAUUCCACCUCUCAACCCCAGAAUCCAAGACGAAGUUACUAUUGUCGAUGGGUAUCCAAUGUUGGCCCGAUCUAGUGAAAUACGGUGCCAGAGAACACCUGCAAAAUGAAUAUGAGGGUUACUUGUUACCUCAGGAUCAGACUGAACCGGAGUAUGAUGUUAGUUUGGUUAUCGAUCUGGAACAGUUGCCAGAGGGUAAUGAAGAUCGUCUCGCCCUCAUAUCCAAACUCGCCCAUCUAAAAUCAACAGCCAUGUCAUCCCCUUUCUUGUCUGCUUUCGCCGAGGAGUCAACCCUCCAAGCGAAUUAUAAAGAUGCAGGUGGAGCUCAACAGAAGGACAUCGCCGAACAAUCAGAAACGAAAGGUGAAUUGAAAAUUGUUAGAUACAGGGAAGAAGAGGCGAUAUACAUCCAAGCUUCCAAUGAUAGAGUAACGGUCGUGUUUAGUACGGUGUUCAAGGAGGAGACUGAUAAAGUAUUUGGAAGGGUUUUCUUACAGGAAUUCGUCGAUGCUCGUAAACUCAAUGCACUCCAGAAUGCACCUCAAGUGAGAUACUCUAAUCGAGAACCACCACUUGAGAUUAGACAUCUACCUGGAUUGCAUAAUGGUGAAGAUUGGGGAUAUGUUACGUUUGUCUUCUCACCGAGACAUUUCGCCAACCCAGCACAGACUCAACAGACCAUCGACCGAAUCCAACUGUUCCGAGAUUACUUGCACUACCAUAUCAAAUGUUCCAAAGCAUACAUGCACUCCAGGAUGAGAUACAGGGUAGCGGAGUUCCUCAAGAUUCUCAACCGAGCUAAACCCGAGGUCGCAGCUGAGAGAAGGACCGCCACUGGUAGGACUUUUAGGACGAGAUAG